AUGACGUCGGAUCCGCUUGCGCCAGCGGCCGUGCUCGAGGGCAUGGCCAGCGCCCUGCCGACCCACGAGCCAGGCGACGGCACAUCCGACUUGAGCAGCUCGCUCGACUGCAUCGCGCUCUUUGUUCACGCCUGCAUGAUCAACCUCGGGUUCCGCCUGCUCGGCUUCGAUGAGGACCAGAAGAUCGAGGCGGAAUGCGCCCGCAUCGCUCCCCGACUUCCUGCACAAUGGAACAAAUCGCUCAGCUCGCACAGCUUCGUGUAUGCCCAUACCCAGUCGUCCAUGCAGUUCGUUGUGCACGCCGACCGCAUGGGCGCCAAGAUCGAGGUCCGCGGCCUGGCCACCGGCGAUGAGCGCAUCGCGCGCUUCGACAUCACCGCCCGGGACUACAUCUCCUCCGCCGCGCUGCCUUUGCGCAUCACCCUGACACCAGAAGGAACCGAAGACCGAAGCAAUCUCCCGCAAAAGCUCAAAACCCUCUUCAUCUCGGAGGAGCGAAUUAAAGACCUCGCCUCCCUCCUCAAAAUCUCCCUCAUCCAGCGCCUCCUCCCCUCCCUCCACAAAGAAGGCUACACCGAAGAACCACCCACCGAGCCCCCGCGCCGACGCCACACUCCUCCCCCACACCCGCGCUCCCCUGACCACCCGCCCUUCCCCUCGCACCUGCCCCCGCCGGCCGCGCCCAACCCCUACCCGGCGCCCGACCCGCUCGCCGCGCCCCCGCGCCGGCCCAUCCCCGCCGCCGACUUCCCGCCCCCGGACUUCGAGGACGAGUACGAGAUCAACCGCCCGCCGCGCGGGCCCCUUCCCGUCCCCGGCGGCGGCGGCGGCUUCGCCGGCCUCGGCCACGACGACCUCUACCCCGCCGGCCUGGGGCCGCACGAUCCCAUCCGCGGCUCGUUCACGGGGCCGGGGGGCAUGAUGGGCGGGAUCGGGCCGGGCGGGUUGAGGCGGCCUGGCGCCGGGGGUGGGCCGUUGAGUGGUGGCGGUGGUAGUGGUAGUGGUGGUGGGAUGCAUCCUACCUUUGACGAUCCGCUGUUCCAGGGGCCAAGGGGUGGUGGUGGGGGGGACGAUGACACGUUUGGCGGGCAGGUGCCGCCCGGGGCGAGGUGGGAUCCGCUUGGGCCGGGCGGACAGCCGAGGUUUGGCGGCGGCCGGCCUGGUGGACGGGGAGGGGGAGGCUUUGGCGGGUUUGGUUUCGGGGCGGGGGAUAUCAUCUAG